GUGUUGCUGUGGCCACACGUGGUGGGCUGAGUCCGCAUCAGACUCGGCGCGCUCCGCGUUCUCAGCAACAGCUGCUGGUCUUCCUGCUCUUCCCGUUCGCUAUGUCCACGUCCACGAGCUGCCCGAUUCCCGGGGGCAGGGACCGGCUGCCCGACUGCUACAGCACCACGCCAGGGGGCACGCUUUACGCCACUACCCCGGGAGGCACCAGGAUCAUCUACGACCGAAAGUUCCUGUUGGAGUGCAAGAACUCACCCAUUGCCCGGACACCCCCCUGCUGUCUCCCUCAGAUUCCAGGGGUCACAACUCCAACAGCCCCAAUCUCCAAGCUAGAGGAACUGAAGGAGCAGAAGGAGACAGAGGAAGAGAUACCCGAUGACGCACAGUUUGAAAUGGACAUCUAAUCCGGUGCAGAUGACCCUGUGCAGGAGUGAGAGGGAUCCCUCCUGCCGUUGCUGCCACCACCUCUUCUGGGGUAUCCAAAGGCCAACUGGCUUCAUCUUAUCUGGAAGGGAGUGACUUGUUGGUUCUGGGCCUCCCUUAGUUCCAAGGCAGCUAGACCAGAGAUGAGUGGGCAAUUUGCCAAGCCCUUCACUCAACUUUCUCUGGUCUGUAGGCACCCUUCCUGAUCCACAGCCCUCCCUGCUCAUGGACUGAGGCUGGGACUGGAACUGGGGGACGGAGUAUGUCACUUCUGACUGCUUAGUAAACUUUAAAAGAAA